AUGUCACAUGAAAGCAAUGCGGCAAUGGUAGCCACACAAUAUGACACAAGCAACCUCGCGCAUGAACGCCCCAAAUCACUCAGACAGCGAUUCAAGCCCAAAUAUACAGGCCAAUUCGCCUUCAAGUUGGACGAAGAUGGUUGCAUGAAACAACUUCGAGAGCCGAAAGGUCCUGCAGCGACGUCACGCACAGCAAAUUCCAGCGAUGCAACCGGUAUGCCACCGUGCUCUGAUGCGUGCAGCCUUACUAUCUCUGCAAAACGUCCUGCAUCUGACUGUGUCGAACAGAGCUAUGGGAAGACGCCUCGUACAACCGCUGCGUGUCCUAUUCGACACCUUCCAUCAGGCCGCGCUUCCAUGUCUGAAGACUCUCAUAUUGCGACCUCCUCAGAUUCUUUGGACGGGAUGGGUUUAUCUGCCCCACCAACUGCUAUGCGCAAGCCUUGUGAGCUCGCGACGAAUCACAUACCGCAAACCAAGCAGGAUGAGGUCCGAUCGCUGCUCCGAGUUCUCGAGACCAAACUCACAAUGCAUGAGCAGUUGGUCCAGGAAGUAAAGGACAUAUACACUGGUCUUACGGAGGCUCAGCGGACGCUAGUUGCUGAAGCUUAUGAUAUCGUCCGCAAGUCUGAUUGGCAGGCAGCCGCGGCGGCAACCGCGGCUGCCUGCAUAAAAGAACUUCUCAACCACUGGGACUUCAUCCGCAAAUACAGGGUACCAGAGCGUAUUUGGGAAGAUGGAUUGAGCGGCUUGAUUGAGCAUGUCCAAAAGAGAGGCUCAUUCAAAGAGAUGCAGGAAUGGUUGCAAUAUGGAUACAACUACAUUGAAGAUUUGCGGCAAGCUGCUCCGGAUCUGGAGGCGGACUGGAUCAAAUGCCGCCAGGGCCUGGAUGGCUACCGCUGUGCACUCGAAGCAGAAAUGCAAAGGUCUAUCCGGCUCAAGAAGCGACCUCCGUCGGGCGGCCAAUGUACUUCGAACCCAUGCAAUAAGGACUAUGCUCAUGCGAGCAUGGCAUCUACGGCGACGCUCUGCACACUCCAGAACUAUAUGGACAACAAAAUCUACCCCAACGAUGCCUGUGGUGGCCGUGUGGAGUUUAUCGACCCCAAACUUUUAGACACAUUUGAGCCGCAUCCUUGCCUAGUCUUCGACAGGGCAUCUGCAACCACCACGCCUGGGGAAACCCAAGGGAUGUUGCAUCUUUCCGAAGAUGGGCGAGAAGAUACUCCAGCCAGACUAACACAUCCAAUGACCCAGGAGACGUGGUAUGCGCUACGCGCCGAAGUAUUGCAAGGGCGGUUAAUUAUUGGACAGACCUUCACCUUGAACGUCUUCGUCAAGCUCUAUGCUGUCCUUGCGUGUAUGUGUCUGUUUUCUGCUGAGCAAGUGAGUGAGUGGAUUCGGAGGACAGACGGAGCAGAUCUGGGAUUCCACGGCGUCAGCCUGUCGCAUCUCUAA